AUGAAAAAAAUAUUAGAAAAAUUUUAUAAUAAUUAUAGCAGUACAUCUAGAAGAAUUAAAUUUAUAGAUAUAUAUAUUAUCUUAACAUUUUUUCAUUUAAUUAUUUUAUCUGUGUAUGCAUAUUUUUCCUAUUCUUUUCAUGAAAAAAUUUCAGUUACAGCUAUUUUUACAGCAAUAGGAAAUAUAACUUUUUUAGUGGCAAUGAGAGAACAAUUUACUCACAAAAGUAUUUUUAAUCUUAAAAGAGAAAAAAUUAUAUUUGAUUUUAUUCUUUGCUCAUUGGUAUUGCAUAUUGGAGCAUUUAGUUAUAUGCAUUUGAAUUAA